AUGUGGGAGGCUGUCGAAUCUGCCACCUGGUGCACAGGUGGCCAAAUGGCGAUUUGGACUCCACCUCCCCAGAAAACUGCCCUGGCGAAGCGGAAGGAAGCGUUCAUGCCCCAUGUGAGUUUCAUCUAUGGCGAUUUAGCGAACAAGUUGCGUGCCAACUUGGCGAAAGAAUUACAGCCGAGUCUGGAUAGCCGGCGCCUUAAGAUGAAGAAGCUGCAGGUGUGGCGGACUCUCGGUCCUGCUGAGACGUGGGAGCUGGUGGCGGAGCAAUCGCUGAUAUCGUAA